AUGGCUGCAGACUCUAUUCUUAUUGGAGAAAAAGAGAAAAAGCAGAACACUGUGGUGCUGAGAAACAAAGAUAAUUUUGUGACGGUCCAAUCUGUGAACAUCAUGACAGCCAUCAUGUUACUGAGUCUCCUCUUUAUUCCAAGAGCUUUGGCUGCUUGUCCUCCAAAUGCACACUUGUUCAUUACUGCACCAACAGAGAUGGAAGCUCUGAGUGGAUCUUGUUUACAAAUCCCAUGUAACUUUAAUGCUACUGGGCCAGAACCAUUUAACGGCACAAGACCUGUUUUUGGAUCAUGGACGACCAAAAAAGAAAGUGGUGACGACUUUCCACACAACAUGGUUUACAACAGCAGUGAAACAGUUAACAUCUAUCCAAUGAAUAUUACAGGAAACCUGAAACAGAAAAACUGCACAACUCUGUUUUCAAAUUUAACCACAGCUUAUACAAACACAUACUACUUCAGGAUUGUGAACUGGCCCGUCAGAGCAACUGCUGUUUGUGAUCCUCUUACAAUAACAAUUACAGAUUCUGCUUGGAGGCCCAAGAUUACAGUCUCAGGUGAUCUGAAGGAGAAGGAGUCUGUCACUAUAACCUGCUCAGCUUUCACUCCCUGUCCACACUCCCCUCCUGAACUCACCUGGAAUCUCCAACAAGACUCUCACAACAAAAUAGAGGAAAACACAGAUGGAAGCUUUACAACUAAAAUCCAGCAGACCAUCACUCUGUCAGACACACAUGAUGGAAAGAAGAUCAACUGCUCUGCCAGAUAUCCUGUGAACCAAGGAGAAGACACCAAGACAGCAGAGACAGAAGAGACUCUCAGUGUUUCAUAUGCUCCUAAAAGCACCUCAGCAUCCAUCAGUCCAUCAGGUUUGGUGUCAGCAGGCAGCUGGGUGAACCUGAUCUGCUCCAGCAGAGCCAAACCUCCAGUCAGCAGCUUCUUCUGGUUCAAGAAGAGCACAGAUGGACCUGUGAACGUAUCUGAAGGACAGAUUUACAGCUUCAAUGUAACAGAUGGAGGAGUUUAUUACUGUGUGGCCACUAAUGAUCUGGGUAAUCAGACAUCAGGAGAGAUUCAUGUAAAUAUUGAAGGUGAACAGGCAGAAAUAUUAUUUGGUGUCCUCGCUAUACUGAAGACUGUGGGAAUCAUAAUGCUUGUGAGCACACUGGUCAUCUUUGAGUGCUGGUUCAGAUCAAAACACUCCAACAAACCAGAGACAGAAAGCUGUCAGAUGAGCAGAGUUACAUCACAGCCCAACAACUAAAGUGUCUGCAAGUCCAGGAGGACAAACUGCCUCAAAAUAUCACUUCAUUCACUGUGAAGAACUGAAGGAUUAGUUAGUGAGAACUUAAAGUGUUUGUAGAGUUCUUCAAUUAUACACGACUUGUUUCUUCUCCACUCGUCUUGUUUGACUGCAGUGAUGGUGUUAAUGAGAUGAUGCUCAGUGUGAUGGUCGUCCUCCUGUGAGGUUCCUCCAUCUCCACAAAGAAACUCUGGGUCUCAUUCAGUGUCCUCUGUGUUCUUGGUUUCUUGAGCUCUUCUGUCCCAGAGUCCAGUCAAGUUAUCAACUCCAACAGCAGAAAAUUUUAGUUUCUUUCUUUUAAUAACUGCAUUAUUUUGCAUAAUAUUUUCACUGCUGGAGUUUAAUCUAUGGGUAAACUUUUUUUUCCAGCAGAUUUAUUAUUGUCACAUCGUCUGUUUAUAUCUGGUGAGGAAAUGCCAAUAAUAUUCACACAGUAAUUUAUUCUUUCGUAUUCUGGUUUUAGUGUUGAAUAAACUUCAUCAUCAUUGCUCUAAUCUCACUUUUUGGAUUUCAGCGCCAUCUUCAGGCUCCUUCAGGCUCUGCUUCAGUUCUUCCUUCAGUCUGUGAAGAGGAACCAGAAAAAAGAGCACAUUUAUAUUCAUGCUGCUGACUGAAUAAAAGG